AACCCAUUAAUCAUAUGAGAAUUUACGAGGUCCUCAUGCCGGCUCACUUCUACAGGCUAAAAGAGGGCAUCAGUUGAUGAAUAAUCUUUUGAAUUAGGCCCGUUAUAGUUCAUGUUUGGUUAGAGGUCUUUCUUGUGUCACGACGUUUCCGUAGUCCACAUUGGACGUUUAAAACAUGCUAUUUACUUUUCAAAUCUGGGCGCAGCCUGUAAGCGACCGAGCUGCACCAGCAUCAGCAGCUGUUAACUUCCUCCCCUUGUGCCUUUUUGUCCAGUCUUGCCUGCUAAAAUCUAGAAAACAUAUGCGCUAGUUCCUCCUUCUCUCUUAAAUCUUCCUCCUUUCUGCCCCCUCCCCGCGCGCCCUCACGCCACGCACGCCCCUUUCUCUCGAGCUGCAGUGUGAAUUAUCUGUGUGGAGAUAAUCGUUUCCUGUGCACGCUGACUAGGUUUGUGUCUCACUAGUUAGACUCCCUGUGCUGUGCCUCCUCCCCACUGCUCAUUCUUCCAGGUUGUCUGUGGGAUGCUCUGAGCAGCGCAGCUGAGUCGGUGCUUUGCGCUGAGCCCAGAUACUGCGUCCAGAAUGUGGCGUCUCCUGCUGGCGCCCCGCGUCGCUUCGCUUCAACAAAAGACAGAAAAACAAACGGGAUCUUCUUAGUGAUUCGUUCACACACUCUAAAACGCGGUGCAAGUCUCUGUCUCACAACAGCAGCUUCAGUGAGGGAUUAGGGAAACCAGGCAAAAGAGCGUCUGCAAACAGGUGUUUCCAUCCCCUGGCUGCGCUGUGAGGUUCAUUCACGAAUCUCCCUACCCGAAUACCAUGUGCGCAGCCAUGUAGUUUGGUGGGAUGAUGCAAAACGGCGCACAGAGACUCGUUUUGUGCGCGUUUGUUGUGAUGCGGAGAAAAUGAUACAGUUGGAGGAACAUGCAGCGUGCUGUGGUGAAAGUCUUUGUACAGCUUCACGGUGGAGCGUGUGCUUUUUAUCUUUUGUUAAGUUUCAUUUUCUUCUCGGACAUACAACGGACAGUUCCUGAAUAACGCCUAAAUUCAUGAAAAAUCGAUCCUUUUGGACAUUAUCUACACUACUGGAAUUAUUUUUAUUGUCCUCUCUUCACAGUCCACUUGGCAAAUUCUGUUAUUUAACGAGUCGUUGUAGUUGCCUCAGACUGUUACCGCUGCACCUGGACGGUCUCCUUCUGAAUCCACUUUUCUGGAUUCAAAGGGGCUAAUUAUUUUCAGGCUUCUCCGGAAGUUUUUUUGCCCAGAGCGCUGCCAAACUGGCCAUGGCUGCAGCGAUUGCCAGCUCCCUCAUAAGGCAGAAAAGGCAGGCGAGGGAGCGGGAGAAGACUAAUGCCUGCCGCUGCGUUAGCAGCCCCAGUAAAACCAAAGGAGGCUGUGAAAAACCCAGUCGACUAAACGUUUUCUCCCGAGUCAAACUCUUUGGCUCCAAGAAGAGGCGGAGGAGGCGACCAGAGCCCCAGCUGAAGGGGAUCGUGACGAAGCUGUACAGUCGACAAGGUUUCCACCUGCAGCUGCAGGCAGAUGGAACCAUUGAUGGAACGAAGGAGGAGGACAAUGGUUACACCAUGUUCAACCUCAUUCCAGUGGGGCUGCGAGUGGUGGCCAUCCAGGGGGUGCAGACCAAACUCUAUCUGGCUAUGAACAGUGAGGGCUACCUGUACACAUCAGAACACUUUACGCCAGAGUGUAAAUUCAAGGAGUCAGUGUUUGAGAACUAUUAUGUGACAUACUCCUCCAUGAUAUACCGGCAGCAGCAGUCGGGCAGGGGCUGGUACCUCGGUCUGAACAAAGAAGGUGAAAUCAUGAAGGGGAACCAUGUCAAGAAGAACAAGCCAGCAGCCCACUUCCUUCCCAAACCUCUUAAAGUGGCAAUGUACAGAGAGCCAUCCCUCCAUGACUUGACAGAGUUCUCCCGCUCUGGCAGCGGCACACCUACCAAGAGUCGGAGUGCCUCAGCUGUGCUCAACGGAGGCAAAGCCGUAAGCCAGAAUGAGUCAACGUAGCCCGGUAGCCGAACCCAGGCCUGGGGCCGAACCACAAAACCUUACCUCCAGCAGAGCGUGAAUCCAUGCAGACUUCCCUCACCGAUCAGCGGUUCAGGACUAGCUACGACAACAAACCACACACAAGCACCCAGACAUCGUCAGUAAAAAGCAGUUAGGUAUCAUUCUGGUCAGUCAUCAUCAAAACAGCAUUAGUAGUGACACACUUAACAAACACAUCAAUCAUUAAAAAAAAGUAAUUAAAAAUUUUGUUUUGGGAUUGAGAGUUAUCUGUUACCUUGACCGCUCUCUUUUGGCGAUGAUCACAUACCAGUUCAUUUUUAAUCACGUUUUAUUUAACUUAAUUUCCUGUGGACAGUAACUUUUCUUAAGUCAUGUAGACACCAAGCACUCGUGCAUCUGUCAGACAGGGACAAGAAGUUAGACAUGUAGGCAUUCGGAGCAGCCAGUAAUGGUGCUUGUCUACAAGGCUGCAGUGGUACAGCACAAGCCCUGAUCUCUGUCUCGUCCAUGCUUCUGUGAGUACAAAGCCUAUAAACUCCCUGGUGUGGCACAGCCCAGUGCUGCUGGGACUGUAGCCAGCCAGACGGUAGCUCUCCUGCGUCCUAGUGCACACGCUCAAAGACUGAGCUCUCUAGCAUGGGAAAAUGAAGCCUAUGUUCAGCUGACCUGAAAUAUAAGGACAGCGUGGCUCUCUUGCAGUAUUUGUUUUUCUUUCAGAAAUGCCACAGCUGCACCUUGGUUUUUGCUAAUUUUCUGAAUUAGCUGAAAGCUGUUUAUUUGAUUACUGUUUUAAUCCCCUCUCGUUCUUGUCCCUUACCAUUGUUCAGUAAUUGUAUUUUUGUUGCUGUUUCAUCAAUGAAAGGGGUUCCAGCAAACCAAAGACAGAACGAAAGAGUGUCCCUUUAAGCCGCUGAAAACCAAGUCAGUAUAAAGGCAAAGCUGGACUUUUUCUUUUUUUUUCAUUGUACAUUUUUGAUGAAGGCAAGCAACGAUUUUAUGGAAAAACAAUGGACAAAGGAAGUGAAUUUAAACACUAUGAAGUUGGCAGCGUGCUUGAUGUUGUGCUUUUUUUGCUGAUAUGCUCGACGGCCGAGGUAUGCAACGACUAGUCUGUGUCCCCAUUCCCUUAUGUUACCACUGUGUCAUAAUGUCUUUUGUCCUUGUGGUCUGUUUCCUCUCUCUGUGCUUGUGUCAUACUUUGACACCGCCCCCCCAUCCUUUUAAGUCGACUUAUAUUGACUGAUACCUUUCACCAUUAGGAAUAUGAUGCAGGCCCCUUUCCAGGAUGCUUGUUAUGUGUUUGAGUAACUUAUUGUGGUGACAAUAUUUUCUAUAUUAAAAAAAAAAAAGAAUACUGUGGAUUUUAGGUGGCUUAACAUUUUAUAGGACACGUCAUAUUUGUAAAAGUGGAAAAAAAUAAGAAAAAAACAUCUUCCUCCUCUUGCACAGGGCAUGUACAAACAUGAUAAUGUACAAAAAGGACCCUUUUUGUGGGCUACGUACUCUUCCCUUCAGCUACAUAACUUCUGUCUGGUACAUGCUUCUGGGAGGCUUUCUUUUCUUGGUUUCCUCCGGAGGUUGUAUUAGGUGAACCUAUCUGUUGCAUGGGAGAAAGCAGGGAAAUUCUGGUCUAGAGCUGCAUGAUGUAGGCUAUGUGUAUUAACCCAUGUUGGAUCAUGUGUUCCAAACUACCAGGCUCAAUCUGAUAAAACAACAUUGACAGGCAGACAUUGUGGCUGCUUGAUAACUUCCAGUUGUUUAUUAUUUGUUGUAUACACAAAAAUGCACUGAAUAAAAUGUUUAUAUUAAGAUUUACUUUUAAAA